GGCAGUGAGUAUCGCGGACGCUUUGGUCAGAGAGCAUACACGGUGGCAGCACGAUGGAUGCUGCUUUUGUUCAGCACGCAAUCAUCGCAGUAUCUGGUCUGCUUUCGGUCCUAACGCUGCGCGCUUUGGGGGGUUAUGAGACAAAUGAUCGAUCGCUGACUUUGCACCCAUCGCUUGCCCCCCCGCAUCGCCGUCAGAGGACGUCAAGAAACCCAAUUGGCUAGCAAGUGCCCAUCAUGCAGAUCUUCGUCAAGACCCUCACGGGCAAGACGAUCACCCUCGAGGUGGAGUCUUCUGACACCAUCGACAAUGUCAAGGCCAAGAUUCAAGACAAGGAGGGAAUCCCACCCGACCAACAGCGUCUGAUCUUUGCAGGCAAGCAACUCGAGGAUGGACGUACGCUGUCCGACUACAACAUCCAAAAGGAGUCUACGCUUCACCUAGUCCUUCGUCUUCGUGGCGGAGCCAAGAAGCGCAAGAAGAAGACGUACACGACUCCCAAGAAAAUCAAGCACAAGCGCAAAAAAGUAAAGAUGAGCGUGUUGAAGUUCUACAAGGUGGACGGUAGCACUGGAGCGAUCAAGAGGUUGCGCAAAGAGUGCCCAGCUCCUACUUGCGGAGCUAGCGUGUUUAUGAGCUGGCACAAGGAUAGGAGCUACUGUGGAAAGUGCCACCUCACUUAUCUGCACCCUGCUGCCGACCCCAAGUGAGGCAGGCGCUCAUGGUACGGUUCGAAGUUGGGAAUGCAAUACCCAAAUCGCAGUCGGAUCCAUCUUUGAGCGCGAACAAGCUACACUUGACGCCUCUACCCGCACACAUGCACAUGCACUCAACAUCCUGUCGGUCUUUCCCUUUUACGACAACUUUUCCCACUCGUGCGAAUGCUCAUAUCGGAUUGCGCGAGUCGAUCCACAUGCGAAGGGAUGAGUGAUGAAGCGAUAAAGAUUUGGAAGAAAAGUCGUGCCGUGUCGGGGGCUUGUCAUACCCUUGAUGUGCUUGCUGCUGGGAAAAAAGAAAGAAGUUCGAGCAUUCAAUCGAUUUCGAUGAACCCAUUUUGAUUGGCGCGCGCGCGCGUGCCAGGGGGAAGGGGGGGGAAAUCCUUGCAAAGCCCCGAUUCCAGCUGGGUGGGUGAACUUUUGCG